CAAAUUAUCCAGCAAAGAUGUCUUCGACGCAGCACGAAACGUUGCUCAGGAAAUAUAUCAGAAUUUUCCUUGUUGUUAGUGGAUAUUGGGUGAUCUCAAUAUUAACAGUAUUUGUGAACAAAACUCUUUUAUCAGACCUGAAUUUGGAAGCUCCCUUCUUUAUAGCAUUUUAUCAAACUGUUGUUACAGCCCUGAUAUGUCUCUUCAUGCUAAAUCGAUUUAAGCAGUCUUCCCAUGAAGUGAAACCGUUUGAUUCUCAGACUAUGAGAAAUGUUAUUCCUUUAGCUGUAAUGUUUACUAGCAUGAUAGCCACAAACAACUUAUGCCUGAAAUAUGUAUCUGUGGCAUUUUACUACAUUGGUAGAUCUUUGACAACAAUAUUCAAUGUUGCAUUUACUUAUCUGAUACUGGGAGACAAAACAUCGAAGAGAUGUAUAUUUUUUUGCUUCUUGAUCAUCUUUGGCUUCUAUUUGGGUGUUGAUCAAGAGAACCUUGCAGGUUCCUUAUCGAUAAGCGGGACCAUUUUCGGUAUUCUCGGAUCUCUUUCCCUAUCAUUGUACUCGAUUUUCACCAAACGAGUUUUACCUAAAGUAGACGAAAACAUAUGGGUUUUGUCGUGCUACAAUAACAUCUAUUCAAGCAUUAUUUUCAUUCCAUUGAUGUUACUUAACGGCGACAUUACUGAGGUUCUCCAAUACGAUAGACUGUUUGACCCAUUCUUUUGGAUCUUAAUGACCGUGGGCGGAGUCUGCGGUUUCUCAAUAGGAUUCUUAACUACGCUACAAAUCAAAGUAACAUCGGCUUUAACUCACAACAUCUCGGGCACAGCAAAGGCUUGCGCUCAAACCGUGCUGGCCACGUAUUGGUACGAUGAAGUCAAAUCGAUGCUUUGGUGGUUCUCUAAUAUGAUAGUACUCUUGGGAAGCGCUGGAUAUGCCAGAGUUAAACAACUCGACAUGGAGAAGAAACACCGACAAAGUGCUGCCUAUACCAAAGUUUAAGAUUGAUAUACUGGCUGUUUUUAACUUUUAAUACAAUUUAUUAUAUAUUACAAUAAAUAAAGUUACUAAAUGAA